CUCAGACCGAACACGGAACUGUACGAGGAAGCGGCAGACAAAAACAAGAGAUAAACCGUGUUACUACGGGAUUAAAAACACAAUUACGGAUGUUGUUGGUGGCCCACACGAAUAAUGUCCACUAAGGAGGGAGGAGAAGGAAAAAAUGAUCAACCUGUGGCCAUGUCACCUGAAAGAAUGGCCCCUGACAAAACCAGAGAAAACCAGAACCAGCGUGAAGUCGAAGCACCAGGAGGCACCACAGACACCAGCACAGCAGCAAAAAACUUGGCUUUGCUUAAAGCACACUCUCUGGAUGUAAAGUUCGAUGUCGGAGAGGAAUAUGAUGUUAUAGAAACCAUUGGCACAGGGGCCUACGGCGUCGUUUCCUCUGCUAGGAGAAGAGACAAUGGCCAGCAGGUGGCGAUAAAGAAGAUCUCCAAUGCUUUUGAAGUGGUGACAAAUGCUAAACGCACGCUGCGAGAGCUGAAGAUUCUCAAGCACUUCAAACAUGACAACAUCAUCGCCAUCAAAGACAUCCUGCAGCCCAACCUUCCUCACUCUGCCUUCAAGUCUGUGUACGUGGUUCUGGACCUCAUGGAGAGCGACUUGCACCAGAUCAUUCACUCUUCUCAGACUCUAACCUCAGAGCACACACGCUACUUUCUGUACCAGCUCCUCCGUGGCCUUAAGUAUGUGCACUCUGCCAACGUAAUCCACCGUGACCUCAAACCCUCCAACCUGUUGGUGAACGAGAACUGUGAACUAAAAAUUGGUGACUUCGGCAUGGCGAGGGGUCUAAGCUCUCAUCCUGAGGAGUCUCAUUCCUUCAUGACUGAAUAUGUGGCAACUCGCUGGUACCGUGCUCCUGAACUUCUGCUGUCUCUCAACCACUAUAGUUUGGCUAUUGACUUGUGGUCUGUUGGCUGCAUCUUUGCGGAAAUGUUGGGGCGUAAGCAGCUUUUUCCUGGGAAGCACUACGUCCAUCAGCUCACGCUCAUUUUGGGUGUGUUAGGCACUCCUCCAGAGGGGUUGAUAAGUACUAUAAGGGCUGACAGAGUACGCUCAUAUGUUCAGAGUCUUCCAGCACGGUCUGCUGUGCCUUUGGCUAAACUGUACCCACAAGCUGAACCAGAGGCCUUGGACCUGCUGGUUGCCAUGUUGCGCUUUGACCCUCGCGAGAGAAUCAGCGUGACACAAGCAUUGGAGCAUCCUUACCUGUCCAAGUACCACGACCCUGACGAUGAGCCAAUUUGCGUGCCAGCUUUUGACUUUGAAUUUGACAAGCUUCCAAUGAACAAGGAACAAAUUAAAGAGGCGAUUUUGAUGGAGAUACAGGAUUUUCAUCAAAACAAACAGGGCUGUCGUCAGAGACUGCAGUUCAGGCCCUUGCCGCGGGCGAACGGCAGAGCCGCAGCACAAAUCAGUAACACGCAGCCCUCGACUGUUAACCUGACCAAAUCUACACUGGUUCCAAUGGCACAACACACCCAAGCAGCACAGAUUCAGCAACAGCAAAUGAGGGAGGUGAAAUCUCAACAGCAACAAGAUCACACACCAGCAGAAGGAAGCCACACAUUUCCAAAUCAGAUGCAGACCUUUAAUAAACCCGGGUCCCUUUUGGAAGUUGCCCUGCCUCACGUGACCCAUAAUUUGCCUCCACUUUCUAAAAGCGAGAGUGGCCCAGUUGAUGUGGACAUGCCCAGUGCCAACUCAGACAGCGGUCAGCCAGAGACUAUAGAUUUAACAACACCAGUGUCGAGUCAGGACGCUCCGUCAGAAACAAUGAGAGACAGUGAGGUACAGGAGCAGCUAACCAGAAGUCAGGCUCCUCUGACUCAGCCCACCCAGAGCCAGUCCAUGACCCAGGCUCCCACCUCUAUUCCUGCAACGCCAGCACAGACCAUGACACCCCUACCCACCACUAUGCCUUCUCUUUGUCUCUCUGUGGCACAGGCCCAGUCCCUGUCUCAGUCCCUUUCACAGUCACUGUCCAAGAAUGUCAGGCCUCCUCCAGGUGCCGGAGAGGGAACCAGAAAAGAAGGAGCCAUUUCAGAGGAUACUAAAGCUGCACUCAAAGCAGCUUUAUUGAAAUCAGCUCUCAGAAAUAAGGCCAGGGGUGAUGGAGGUACCUCUGCGCUGGGUAUCGACGUUGGCACAGGAGGCGUAUCGUCCUCCCUGUCUUCUGUUCCAGAUUUGCGGCGGCCUGUCACAGCCCAGGAGCGUCAACGAGAAAGAGAGGAGAAAAGAAGGAAGAGGCAGGAACGAGCAAGAGAGAGGGAGAGAAAAAUUAAGGAAAAGGAGAGAAGAGAGGGAAAGCAGGGGGACUCCCUGUGUGGGGUCCUGCUGAGCGACGAUGACAAAAACCUUUUGCAACGUUGGACGAAGAUGAUGGACAGCUGCAGUGAGAAAUCUCAUACUCCUAAUAGCGAUGGAGCAAAGAACAAGGACUGUAAUGUGAACUCGCACCGGGGUGUAGCAAUCGGCGAUAGCACUGAAGGAGCACUGAACAAUAAAUCAGGAAAGGAGGCAAGGAAGAUCCAGACUCAUGAACAGUUAAUCUCUCAAGUUAAACCUAACCAGCCGGGCUUGUUUCAGCCCCCCAGCACCCAGCAGCCAUCGUUACUUUUCUCCAUGAGUCAGAGGAAACCUCCAGCGGAUGUAGUUGUUGCUGUAAGUGGAGGGAUGGAUAUAAUGAGCAUCACAAGUGGGUUUGUUAAGAACAACACGCUCAAACCUCACAGCGAGAGCAACGGACAGAGUGGUUUCAGCUGUUUAGGGAAUUGGAACGGGCAGCAAUUAGAGACGAGGCCACCGCAACAACCGCAACCAAACAGGAAACCACAGCCCCCGCCGACGAGCUUUCUCCAGCCUCAGAGUCAAACCCAGCCUGACCCUCAGCCCCAGACGCAACUGCUGCCUCUGGAGAGUUUUUUGACUAAAGCUCCAACAUUAACCGCCAGAGAGACAAAUGGGAACGUUGAUAUCGGACGCCAGAAUAACCUCAACUCCCACACUAACCCCUCGGCUGCAAAUGCUGGUCCUAUGGAGAAGCUGUGUCCCUCUGUAGGAGAGAAAUCUGGGCCACAGACCACAAACCCUCUCUGUGGGACUUUAGGGGUCCCCUCACAGCCUCAUCCCAGCUUAGGAUUCACAGAUACUGGACAGCAAGGGCCCUCCAUUGCCCCUGAUAUACACACAGUAACGCUGCAGCUCUCAAAGUCCCAGGUCGAGGAUGUUUUACCCCCGGUGUUCUCGGUCACCCCUAAAGGCAGCGGGGCUGGGUACGGUGUGGGCUUUGACCUGGAUGACCUCCUCAACCAGUCUCUCACAGACCUGCAACACUGUGACCGGGACAGCUACGACUCGGCCCCCCUCUCGGCCUCCCUGUUAUCUGAUUGGAGCGAGGUUCACCGCAUGACUCCAGCUGAUCUGGAAUCACUGCAGCAGGAGUUACAGCUCGGCUCUCCCAUGAUCCUCUCCGAUACCAUUCCCCACGAUGCCUGACCUUCCUUGCCUGGAAUUUAAAUGGCAACACUUGGAUUUGUUGAAAUGUUAGAUUUUUUUAGCAUGAAAACCUGAGUGAAGACUUACCAAUUAAUUUAAAGCUAGCUUUUUUUAAUAGGCACUACCAAGCAGUCUUUUUGUUUCGUUUUUUUUUUUACCAUUGACAUGCUGCGCUUUCUUUGUAAUAAAGAAAACUGUGUCAUCA